CCUCUUCCUCCUCUUCCCCGUCCUUAAAUCCCUUCGAACCCGCCCCUCCGCCCACAAUGAGGAAAUCCCACUCCUCCGCCGCGCUCUCCUCCGCUCCCUCCUCCUCCGCCUCCGCCUCCGCCUCCACCCCCAUCAAACCCGAAAUGGCCGCCGUCGCAAACUCCCCCCUCCCGCUCCCCCACCCUACUCCCGCCGCCACCUCCUCGACCACCACCUCCGCGACCUCCUCCCCCUCCCAGCAGCUCCCCCGGCCCUACAAAUGCCCCAUGUGCGACAAGGCCUUCCACCGCCUCGAGCACCAGACCCGCCACAUCAGAACCCACACCGGCGAGAAACCGCACGCCUGCGCCUUCCCCGGCUGCCAUAAGCGCUUCUCCCGCUCCGACGAGCUCACCCGCCACUCGCGCAUCCACACAAACACAAACCCCCGGCGCUCCUACAAGGCCUCUUCCGAGCUCUCAAAGUCCGCUCCCGCGUCCAAUGCGCCCUCCCCCCAGCCGUCGCCUCCGCAUUCCCACGCGGCCCUCAACAUCGCCCCCGCUGCCCCUCCUCCGCCCCCCGCCGCCCCUCCUCCGCCCCACGCUGCCUCCACCUCCCCCCUCCCUCCCCACCUCCACUCCCCCUCUGCUUCCUCUGCCGCUGCUCCCCAACCCUCCGGCGCUCCUCUUCCCUUCGACAUGCACAUGCUCGCCACCGCGGCCUCCCAGCAGCUCGAGCGCGAAAACUCCGUCCACUCCGCCCACUCGCGCUCCUCGCUCUCCAUCCUCUCCGCCGCCUCGGCCGUCUCCCCCCAGCAGCACCUCCCCCUCCCCGGCUCCCAGCACCCUCUCCACCAGUCCUCCUCCGCGACCUCUCUCUCCUCCGCCUCCGCCUCCUCCUCCUCCUCCUCCCAGCACCACCACCACCUGCACCACCACCAUCACCACCACCGCUUCCCCGGCCUCGCGCCCUUAACCCCCUACAACCCGCCCUCCUCCUACGCCUCCUCGUCGACCUCGACCCCCGCCGCCCGCCACGCCGCCGACGACGACCUCUUCACCCCGCGCCAGCACAAGCGCUCGCGCCCAAACUCCCCCGCCUCCACCGCGCCCUCCUCCCCCACCUUCUCGCUCUCGGACUCUCCCACCCCCGAACACACCCCGCUCGUCACCCCCGCCCACUCCCCCCGGCUGCACCCGCGCGAGCUCGAAGCCCUCCAAGGCGUCCAGCUGCCCUCCAUCCGCUCCCUCUCCCUCAGACACAUGCCCCCGCCGCUCGUCCCGCUCGAGGUCUCCGACCAAUCCGCCUCGAGCGCACCCACCCCGGCCGGCGGCGCCUCGGCCUCCGUCUCGCGCAGCGCAAGCGGGACCAACCUCCGUCUGCUGCCGAUCGCAGACAUCCUCGCCUCCGCGCCCGCGUCGCCCAGCUCCUCGUCCGACUUCAACAAGCGCAUGCUGCCACACCCUACCUCUGCGCCAAUGCAGCAGCCCCAGCACAACAGGCUCGGCAUAUCUGAUCUCAUCAACGCUACCUCCGCCAGCGCAAACAGCACCUCCACCAGCGCGACCAGCACCGCUACCAGCAGCACCGCCUCUUCUUUAUCAGGCGAGGACCAGCCGCGAUGGCAGUAGUUCUCUCUCUCUCUUUUUGCUUGCUUUAGCUGUUUAUAGACUUGUGUUUUGUCUUUGUGUUUGUGCUUUCUACGGUGUUUGUACUCUUAUUCAUAUACUAUACUAUAUUAUCUCCUCUUGUUUGUUUAUCCGACUGCGGUUCGGCAGCUUGUGAUUGUACUCCUUCGGUCUGCUUCUGCUUUCUACACUCCACCCUACACUAUCAAUAUGCUAUCUGUGUAGCUUAUGUAUAGUCAGAUUAAUCCUAAUCACAUCAGUAUCAUAAGAUCUCUUUCACU